AUGUCCACUUUACUCCGCAGAGCUGCCUGGAAACUCCGUAGUCUUCAUUCAGAUCUUUCUGAGACCCGAAAUUUUAGCACCACAGGUCUCUAUGGUUUUGACCACUUAAAAACUCCCAAAGGAUUUCGGCAAUUCGUCGAUGAAGCUAUCCAGAGGUCAGGAGAACUUGUCAAUAACAUUUCCGUGACUCUUUCGUCGGCUGAAAUUAUUCGAGCCAUGGACGAGAUUUCAAACACUGUCUGUUGUGUUGUUGACUCUGCUGAACUUUGUAGAAAUACUCAUCCAGACAGGGAAUUUGUUGAAGAGGCUAACAAGGCAUCAAUGAGGAUAAAUGAAUAUCUACAUUAUCUUAAUACAAAUCAUACAUUAUAUGAUGCGGUAAAAAGAGCUGAGCAAGAUGGACAUUUGCUUACAAAGGAGGCUCAAAAGGCUGCCCACCACCUGCGUAUUGAUUUUGAAAAGGGUGGAAUUCAUCUUUCAUCUGAGAAAUUAGAUAGAGUGAAUCAGCUAAACAUGGAUAUUUUUCAGCUCUCUAGGGAGUUCAGUGAAAACAUAAGUAUUGAUCCCGGUCAUGUUGAUAUAUAUCCAGCAUCCCGGAUUCCCAAACACAUACACCAUCUUCUUACUCCUAUUCAUCGCUUUACAUCUGGAGCUUCAGGAGGAUCUCGAGGGCCAUGGAAUAACACGAAAGAAAAAGGAUUUCAGAUAACAACAGAUCCACGCACUCUAGUGUCUGUUCUACAAUGGGCAUCAGAUGAUGAGGUGAGAAAGAUAGCAUAUAUCAAAGGGAACUCUGUUCCACAUGCAAACAUCAAAGUCCUUGAUAAGCUUAUUGCUGCUCGUCAUGAGCUUGCUCAGAUAAUGGGGUAUAAAUCUUAUGCCGAAUUCAUGGUGAAACCAAAUUUGGCCUCGUCCCCUAAAGUUGUAACAUCCUUUCUCAAUGAGAUGAGCCAAUUGGUCAGGCCAAAAGCUGAUAAGGAAUUUGAGGCAAUUAGAAACUUUAAGAAACAAAAAUGUGGUAAAAAAUGUAUUGAUUUAGAGCCAUGGGAUGAAGCACACUAUACAGGGAUGAUGAAGUCUUCUGCUCAGAAUUUGGACUCUUCGAUAGUAGCAUCAUAUUUCCCUUUGGCACAGUGCAUUGAAGGUUUGAAAGUACUGGUGAAUUCGUUAUUUGGUGCAACAUUUCAUAACGUUCCAAUGGCGCCUGGAGAAUCAUGGCACCCAGACGUGCUCAAAAUGGCAUUUCAUCAUCCUGAAGAGGGUGAUUUGGGGUAUCUAUACCUUGAUCUAUAUUCCAGGAAGGGCAAAUAUCCAGGUUGUGCUAACUUUGCAAUUAAAGGAGGCUGCCGCUUUUCUGAAACAGAUUACCAGCUUCCUGUUGUGGCCCUUGUUUGUAAUUUUUCAGGAUCACGUAGUUCAUCUAAUGUGAGGCUCAACCAUUGGGAAGUGGAAACCCUAUUUCAUGAGUUUGGACAUGCUCUUCAUUCCUUAUUCUCAAGAACGGAUUAUCAACAUUUUUCAGGUACUAGGGUGGUUCUUGACUUCGCUGAGAUGCCUUCCAACCUCUUUGAGUAUUACGCUUGGGAUUACAGAGUGUUGAGAACAUUUGCUAAGCACUAUUCAACUGGUGAAAUAAUACCUGAGAAGUUGGUGAAGGCAAUGCAAGGUGCUAGAGAUAUGUUUUCAGCAACUGAAUUGCAACGCCAGGUUUUCUAUGCAUUGGUUGACCAAACACUUUUUGGAGAACAACCAGCCUCAUCUAGGGAUACAAGUUCUAUUGUUGCAGAUCUUAAGAGGCAGCAUACCAGUUGGAAGCAUGUCGAGGGUACACACUGGCAGAUCAGGUUCAGUCAUCUUGUAAACUAUGGUGCAGGUUACUAUAGCUACUUGUAUGCUAGAUGUUUUGCAGCAACCAUCUGGCAAAAGUUAUGCCAGGAAGAUCCACUUUCAUUAACCACUGGAACUGCUCUCAGAACAAAGUUAUUGCAACAUGGCGGAGCCAAAGAACCAGCGGAAAUGUUGAAUGAUUUAGCAGGAGAAGGGAUUGUGAGGUAUUGCAAUGGCGGGAUAGUUCCUGACAUGACGAGCUUCUUGGAUGAGUUAGAUCUGGUGGAAGAUCAGCAUCUGCAAAUCCAAAUGCGGUCAACUGCAAGAUAGAAAUGGAUCAAUUCCAGCCAAAAGUGGGAAUGAGAAGGAGAACCAUGAGAAUAGAAGAUGGGAAGUUUAUAGCUGGAAAUGUGAUGGAGCUAAUUGUUAGAACAAUGGUCGGAUCAUUUUACUGUUUUAGGCAAACGGACUCUAACAGGCUUCCUUCACUUAAGGACCUACACGGCCAAUGUGGGCACGGCAUGGGCACCUUAGGAACCAUCCGAACACGGGAGUUGGACAUUUUUCACAUGAGCUUGUUACUUGUAAAGAUUGGCGGAGAAGUGCGACCUACUACACCUGCUUUUCAUCAACCAAUACUCACAUUUGCAGGCACACAUUUGCUUUGAUCUCACAUAACCUUUAAAAUUCACGGGAUACUUCUUUUCUGAAUGCCGUUUGUAUCAGUUGUCCUAACGAAACGAGAUAGAUAUUGAGAUCAGAAUUCUUUGGUUCUGUUGUUACAGUUGUCAUUAAUAGAAUUGAUGAAUCUAAAAUCUUAAAAUUCUUGAAA